AUGGCAGAUACAUCAUCUUCCAUAUUUUUGGAUUUUGGGCUGCUGUUGUAUUUGGAAGAGUUAAACAAAGAUGAAUUUAAUAAAUUCAAGUUACUUCUAAAGGAAGAGCCCAUGAAACCUGGACACUGCCAGAUACCCUGGACUGAAGUGAAAAAGGCCAACCGGGAGACACUGGCUAAUUUGAUGAAUGAAUAUUAUUCAAGAGAGGUGGCCUGGAAUGUGGCGCUCAAAAUCUUUGGCAAGCUAAACCUGAGGGAUAUGUGCGAGAGAGCAAAAUCAGAGCUGAACUGGGCGUCUCAGAUCAAGGCACCCAAGGAUGCCACGGUCAUCAUUCAACCACAAGAUGAACAGGGUGCAACACUGGAUGAGCUGGGUGAAGGGACAGAAUACAGACUUCUAAUACAAGAAAAAUUUAGCAUUAUGGAGGAUAAAAAGCAUUUGUUUGGAGAACUCAAGUUCUGCCAUGGAAUUACUCAGGAAGAUCAAACACUGCUAGAACAUUUAUUUGAUAUUGAUGUCAAAACCGGUGAGCAGCCGCAGACUGUAGUACUCAAGGGAGCAGCUGGAAUAGGGAAAACCACCUUAAUGAGAAGGGCGAUGUUACAUUGGGCUCUGGGCAAUCUAUUUCAGCAACAGUUUACCCAUGUUUUUUAUCUCAAUGCAAGAGAAAUUAACCAGCUGAGAGAAAGAAGCUUUCUUGAAAUGAUAUCAAAGGAUUGGCCCAGUGGAGAAGGCCCCAUUGAAAGGAUUUUGUCCCGGCCAAGUAGUCUCCUUUUUAUUAUUGAUAGUUUUGAUGAGCUGAACUUCGCCUUUGAGGAACCUGAGUUUGCGCUGUGCAGAGAAUGGGACCAGGUACACCCUGUGUCUUUCCUCAUGAGUAGUUUGCUGAGGAAAGUAAUGCUCCCUGAGUGCUCCUUACUGGUGACAACAAAACUCGUAGCUUCUGAGAAACUCCAGUCUUUGUUGAAGAGUCAGUGCUCUGUAGAGCUGCAGGGUAUGUCUGAAGAGGCACGAGAGGAGUAUAUUUACCAUUUCUUUGAAGACCAGGAGAGUGCCUUCCAAGUAUUCAGUGUAUUGAAAGACAAUGAGACGCUUUUUAGCAUGUGCAGAGCCCCCAAAGUGUGCUGGGUUAUCUGUUCUUGUCUGAAGCAGCAAAUGGAGAAAGGCGGUAAUAUCCUAGCCACCUGUGAAACCACCACCGCUCUUUUUACCUGCUACAUCUCUAACUUGUACACCCAUGGUGAUGAAAGCUCUCCUAAUCAACCUACUCAAUGCCAUCUGCGUAAACUAUGUCACUUGGCUGUCACAGGGGUAUGGAAUAUGACUUAUGUGUUUUACAAGGAAAAUCUCAAGAAGCAUGGGUUAACAUCAUCUGCUAUCUCAGGCUUCCUGGACAUGAAUAUUCUUCAAAAGGACACAGAAUAUGAAAACUGCUUUGUAUUCACCCAUGUACUUGUACAGGAGUUUUUUGCAGCUAUGUGCUACGUAUUGGAAGAUAAUCUGGAAGACAAUGACAAUCCCUUUAUAUCUCCUAAAUAUGUAAAGCUGUUGCUUGAAAGCAAAACACAUAAAGACCCUCAUUUGACCAAGAUGAAAUGCUUUUUGUUUGGCCUUCUGAACGAAGAUAGGAUAAAACAACUAGAAGAUAGUUUGCAUUGUCACAUGUCCUUGGAGUUAAAGUGGAAGAUACUUGAGUGGGUGGAAACAGUAGGAAACAGUGAACAGUUUCUAUCACAGCUGGACUUCCUAGAGUUGUUUCAGUAUCUGUAUGAGACCCAAGAUGAGACAUUUGUAAGCAUGGCAAUGAAAUCUUUCCAAAAGAUUGCCGUUAAUAUUUGUGGGAAAAUCCCUUUGCUUGUGUCUUCGUUCUGCCUUAAGUAUUGCCAUCGUUUACAGAGCAUUAAACUGUCUAUAGAUUUGGUAUCUGAGAUGAUAGACUCAAUCCCAGAAGGUGAAACUCGGCAAAGGAAUGGUGGCUGCAUUUCCCAUUUCUGGAAAGAUCUCUGUUCAGUGCUUCAUACAAAUGACCACUUGAAACAGGUGGUCUUAUGUGAUGGCCACCUUUAUAAAUCAGCAGUGAAAACCCUUUAUGAAGAACUAAAGAGCCCAAACUGUAAACUCGAAAAACUAAUGUUGAGAUUUCUUUCUUUCCCUGAUGGAUGUCAAGAUAUAUUUCAUUUCUUGACCACCAACCAGAAUCUGAUACAUCUCGAUCUGAAAGGGAGUGAUAUAAGAGACAGUGGAGUGAAUUCAUUAUGUGAAGCCUUGAAACACCCGCAGUGUAACCUACAGAAUCUGAAUUUGGAAUACUGCAACCUAUCUACUAUUUGUUUUCUAAAUAUCUCUAAGGCUCUAAUAGGAUGCCAGAGCCUAAUAUACCUGAAUCUAUCAAACAAUAGUCUAUUUGAUAAUGGAGUGAAGCUGUUGUGUGACGCCUUAAGACAUCCAGAGUGUUUCCUUGAGAGAUUGUCCUUAGAAAGCUGUGGCUUUACAGUAGCUGGUUGCAAGGAUCUUUCCUUGGCUCUCAUUAGCAAUAAAAGGCUGACACAUUUAUGCUUGGCAGACAACUUCUUGGGAGAUGAAGGAAUAAAGUUUAUGAGUGAUGCCUUGAAAGAGCCCCAGUGUAAGCUACAGAGCCUUGUGCUGAGGAAUUGCCAUUUCACUUCACUUAGUGGUGAAUAUCUCUCCACCUCUCUUCUACAAAAUAAUAGUCUGACACAUCUGGAUCUUGGAUCAAACAGACUACAAGAUGAUGUGGUAAAGCUCCUGUGUGCUGUCUUUAAGCAUCCAUGCAGUGGUCUUCAGGAACUGCAAUUGAUGAACUGUGAUCUUACUGAUGCAUGCUGUCUGGAUCUGGCUUCUACUAUGAUGAACAACCCAAACUUGCACAGCCUGGAUGUUGGGAACAAUGACUUGAGGGAUGAUGGAGUGAAAAUUCUUAAUGAGGCUUUCAGCCAUCCAAACUGUAAUAUUAAGAGGCUUGGAUUGGAAUGCUGUGGUUUGACCUCUGUCUGUUGUAAGGAUCUUGCCUCUACUCUUAGCAGCAAACAAAAACUGGUAGAAAUAAAUCUGGCACAGAAUGCCUUAGGGCGUGAAGGAAUUAUGAAGUUGCAUGCAGCCUUGAAGUCUCCUGAUUGUAAACUACAAGUUCUAGGGUUGUGCAAAGAAGCAUUUGGUAAGGACGUGCAAAAGCUUCUAGAAGAAGUGGAAGUUAGCAAUCCACACUUAGUCAUUAAGCCUGAUUGUAAUGAUCCUAAUGGAGAUGGUUCCUGGUGGCAGUGUUUCUGA